CAGCUCCCAGCCCAACCAACCCCUGCACACGGCCGCCAGUUUGCACUCGUUCACCCCGGCAACUGCGACACCCAACCGGGGCAAGAGUAAACAAUCGCAGGCAGGAGGAGCCCACCAGAGCGACAGCUGGCGACCCAGGCCGACGAGCCCCUUUCUGCGAAACUAAAUGUUCAGUAACCUCGAGCGGCGCUUCCGGGACGUUGUCGACGACAUCAAUGAGACCUUGAUUGGCAUUUCGCUCGACCCGCGCCUGAUGCCGCACUCCGCAGGCUACCUCGACGUCGCCCAGCGCCCCGUCCGCUCGUGCGCGAGCACCCCGUCGCUGCGCUCGCGCGAUGGCACCGUCCCGCCGCACGCGAGGGCGGAUCCGGGAGGCAAUGUGCGUGUGGUUGUGAGGGUGCGCGCGUUUCUGCCGAGAGAGAUCGAGCGGAAUGCACAAUGCCUCAUCCGCAUGGACCCUGUCCGGCAGCGGACCACGCUGCUCGUCCCCAACGACACCGACCCGGCCAACGCGCGGGCGCGGUCCCGCAAGGUCGUCGAGGAAAAGACUUUUACCUUCGACAAGAGCUUCUGGAGCCACGACCCGAAUGACGAACAUUACGCGACGCAGGAAGACAUCUACGACAGCUUGGGCGAAGAGUUUCUGGACCACAACUUCGAGGGGUACCACACAUGCAUCUUCGCCUACGGCCAGACCGGCUCCGGCAAGUCGUACACGAUGAUGGGCACGCCAGACCAGCCGGGCCUGAUACCGCGGACAUGCGAGGACCUGUUCGAGCGCAUCGCAGCCGCGCAGGAGGAGACGCCCAACAUCAGCUACAACGUGCGCGUAUCCUAUUUCGAGGUCUACAACGAGCACGUCCGCGACCUGCUGGUCCCCGUCGUGCCGCACCAGCCGCCUUACUAUCUGAAGAUCCGCGAGUCCCCGACCGAAGGCCCCUACGUCAAGGACCUCACCGAGGUGCCCGUCCGCAGCCUGCAGGAGAUCCUCCGGUACAUGCGCAUGGGCGACAGCAACCGCACGACGGCCAGCACCAAGAUGAACGACACCAGCUCGCGCAGCCACGCCGUCUUCACCAUCAUGCUCAAGCAGAUCCACCACGACCUCGAGACCGACGAGACGACGGAGCGCAGCUCCCGCAUCCGCCUGGUCGACCUGGCCGGCAGCGAGCGCGCCAAAUCCACCGAGGCCACCGGCCAGCGCCUGCGCGAGGGCAGCAACAUCAACAAGUCCCUCACCACGCUCGGCCGCGUCAUCGCGGCGCUCGCCGACCCCAAGCAGCAGCGCGGGCGCAACGGCUCGCGCAAGGACCACAACUCGUCAUCCUCGUCCUCCUCCUCCUCCGUCGUCCCCUACCGCGACAGCAUCCUCACCUGGCUGCUCAAAGACUCGCUGGGCGGCAACUCCAAGACGGCCAUGAUCGCGUGCAUCGCGCCGUCGGACUACGAGGAGACGCUGUCGACGCUGCGGUACGCGGACCAGGCCAAGCGCAUCCGCACGCGCGCGGUGGUCAACCAGGUGGACAGCAUCAGCACGGCGGAGCGGGACGCGCAGAUCGCGGCCAUGGCGGCGGAGAUCCGCGCGCUGCAGCUCGUGGUCGGCGACUCGCGCCGCCGCGAGAAGGACGCGCGCGAGGCCGAGGAGAAGCUCGAGGAGUACCAGGCCCGCGUGCGCACCCUGCAGCAGGCCAUGGAGGAGCGCAGCCUCGUCGCCGAGGGCAAGAUCCGCAGCCUGCAGACCGAGAACGAGGCCCUGCGCCGCCACCUCCGCCUCGCCCUCGACAGCCUGCGGAACCCGAUCCCGCAGCUGCCGGCCGUGUUUGCGUCUGGAAAAGGUGCGGCUGCUGGCGGUGGUGGUGACGACGACGAGAACAAGGAGAACGAGCGCCGCGACGUUGCUGAUGCUGCCGAGAAAGAUAACGACAACGACAACGACGACAACAACGACGACGGGUACGCCUCGGCGGACACGGAAGAGGAUGACGCCGCGGCGGCGGCGGCCGCGCCCCUGGGAUAUGAGCGGCACGCGGACGACGUGCACGAGCACAUGCGCGGCCUUCUGCGCGAUCUGGACUUGUUCCGCCGCAAGAUCGGCGACGACAAGUCCCGCUUCCUGCUCGACCGCGGCGGCGGUCAGCGCCGGCCGCUGGGGAAUAUGACCAAUAUCAUCGUCUGAAUGAAUGGCUGGGAUGGAACGCGGACUCGACGACGAUGAUCCUUCUCUCUCUUUUUCCAUUUUUCCUAGUUUGGCUUGGUUGUUCUUAACCAUAGGUUCACGACCUGACUGAUGAGAGCAAGCGGAGUUGUAUUUUGUAUCGUUGUUGCUGUUACUCCAUGGAGUUGGGGGCUCCUGGGUGUUGGCUUGUCGGGUUCCCAUAGGAUAGGCAUGGCAUAAAGUCGGAAGAGGUUGGGGGGUGUGGGAUGCGGAACGCGCAAGGCGUUGUGAGAUGGACGGUCGCCAAGUCUGGUUGUUGAGAUCGAGGAUAAAACACAUGAUUCCCUUUGUGCAUGUAUAUCGAACACGCUUCGAGUUGUCCAUACUUGAAUGUCCUUCUUCACGG